CGUGUGAUUGAGUUUUUACGAGAAUACGGAUUUUAUGGGGUUGAGAAAGUUGGUGACUUGCAGUUGGACUGGGCUUUGAUCACUGCUCUAGUGGAGUGAUGGAGACCCGAGACCCAUUCGUUCCAUCUUCCCUUCGGAGAGGUUGGAAUUACUUUGCAAGAUGUAGAGGUUUUGCUUGGAUUGCCCUGGCAGGGAAGACUGGCCGAUCCAGAGAUCAGUGGAUUUAGAUUUGUGAGAACAUGGUGGGAUUUACGCCUCAAACAUCCGAUCUUACUUCUACUAUGAUUAAGAUGUUUGUCAUUCUUCUUAAGCAAUUAACAGAUCAUAGUUUAGAUGUAGAUUACUUGCAGCAUGUUAGAGCUAUUAUGUUUAAGUUGUUGGGUGGUAGCCUAUUUCCCAACACGACGGGAAAUAAGCUUGGUGCCCUGCAACAUGUCUCUCAAGUUGUUGUUUAUGACCGUCAUCUACACCACAUUAAGUCAAAUGCUUUGCAAAUUGGCGAUGGUGAGAGACAGUAUUUAGAGGUGUGGGAGGGACGUUAUGAUGCUACUGCUACAGUGCACAUGGAGUUUGGGAUGGUGGAUGCCACACCGGAGUAUCGUCAGUGGUAUUACCUUCGGGGUCGACGACAGAUAGGGAACCUGUCCAUCAGCACGGACCAGAGUACAUCCCCAUUUCUCCGGAGCUACAGACCGCAUCAGUGCCUUGAUCUUGGUAGGCAUCCAGAUGGGUUUGUACCUUCGCACGAGAAGGCGUGGUGUGCAAAGUCAUUGGCCAUUCAGCGAUUGUACGGUAGUUGGGAGGACUCGUACAACAAGCUGGCUCCUUUGCUCGGUGCAAUUAUGGGAUCAAACCAUGGGACAGUUGUGGAUUUGCAAACCCAACCUACGAACGCACCGACUACAUUUCAGUUCAGGUAUGUUUUCUGGUCCUUCAAGGCAUCCAUUGAUGGCUUUCACUAUUGUCUUCCAGUUGUUUUAGUGGACGGGACUCACUUAUACGGCAAGUAUAAGGAAACUUUAUUACUUUCCGUAGCAAUGACGGGAAAUGGUAACAUUUUUCCCUUGGCUUUUUCCAUUGUGGAUGCUGAGGAUGGUGCAAGCAGGAAGUGGUUAUUCAUGACAAAUGUCAUGCGACAUGUCGUGCCUCCACACCGCCAUAUAUGCAUAAUAUCUGAUAGGCAUGGUGGUAUUGAUCACGCAUUCAAUAAUGUUCCAGAAUUGCAUGGAGGUCAAGUCACUCAAAGAUUUUGUCUCCGCCACCUGCGAAGCAAUUUCCAUAACAAGUUUCGAAGUAAAAAACUGAAGAAUAUGAUGUACAAAGCUGGUGAGUCCCCUAGCAGAAAAUAUGGCCAGCACUCAACAGAAUGCGCAGGCUGGAGGUGCAUCCAAAAACCAAUUCUCCGAUCCUCUCCAAGGCACAAGAAACCUGAAGGUCUUUCAGACCGUAAUGAACUGCAAUGUCAUAGUUCCCCAAAACCCGAGCUCCGAAAAUCUCCCAGGCUUAAAAUAAAAGAUCGGCCGAGCACUUUGACAGUGGUGCAGGCAUUGAGUGGCUUAAGGUCAAAGAAUGUGCAAAGCCAUUCUACUCCCUUGCCCGUCACCCCAAAGCCAAAGCCUAUAUCUGACAAUGUACAAAAACAGAUCAAGCAGAAGAGAAAGCGAGAAGAAGUCGAAAGUGAAAGUGUCGCCAAGCCUUCUGGGGGUGGGUUGAAACUCCGAAAACGUGGAUGUGUUUCAAUGCACCGCGUUGUGAAACGUAAGAUAAAUGGACAGAAACCAACGGUUUUGUUUAAUGAUAAGGGACAACCGUAUGGCGUGGCUGCUGCAGAGAUGCAAUCUUAUAUUGGAGUUUUGGCAAGGACAAAAGCUCCAAUAUGGUUUGACACUUGGAGGCAAGUUCCGGUAACCAUCAAGAACAAGAUUUGGAAAUCUGUCACGAAAGUCCAUGAUGAGCAUGUGAAGAGAGUUAAGGAAAACAAAUAUCCUCAUCGCUUGUCCCGAAAAGGCUAUGCAAACCUGGAACAAGAAUGGGCAAAAACACACAGUGGAGAUGAGUCAGUCAUUGAUCGAUCUGUUACGUGGGUCCUUGCAAGGAAGGACAAAGAAGGAAAUUUCAAGAGUGACUCUACAAAACAGAAGGCGGGGGAAAUUGAGUUCUUAAGGGAACAAGUAUGUUCUGGUGUGCUUACUGAAGAAGGUGAUGAUGAUGUAUUGACCAAGGCUCUUGGGAAGCCCGAGCACGGUGGAAGAGUUCGAGGUCAAGGAAUGCAUAUGAUCUCUUUCGUGGAUCCCGGCAUGGUAGGGACGCUUGCAUGUGGGAACAUAGGGCAGAGGUCACGCAAGCUUGCUGAUCGCUUUAAGGGGGCCUGUGAUGGACAACACUUUCUAAUACCGUUCAAUGACGUAAAUCAUUGGGCUUUGACUGUUGUCAAACCUAAUGAAGAGGUAGUGUACUACAUGGACCCCCUUAAACGGCGUAUAGAUAGUCAGGAGUGGACUCAAGUGGUUGAUAAUGCUAUAGUUUUGUACAAGAGUACCAUGAACACACCUAUGUUGAAGAAGAAAGUGUCUUGGGAGAACAUGGCGGGCAUCCCGAUGCAAAAAGGGAGUGUAGACUGUGGCUUGUUUGUAAUGCGAUACAUGAAAGAGAUCUGUCAGGAUAAGGAGGUUCAAUUUGCUUCAAAGUGGGCACGUCGGGGAAAUCUGGAAUACACCGAGGAUGACAUCAAUCAAACAAAGGCUGAAUUUGCGAAUUCACUACAUCAAUGGUGGAAGAGCGCAGAAGCGAAGAAGACCCCCCCUGAAGAAUCUGCAAUUCAGAACUCGGAACUCAGAAGUGUUGGACGGCGAAUCAACGAUUGGGGAUUUGUCGAUUUGAGGAAUCUGACUAUUGAGUAUUGUCGGUUUUUAGCAGUUCGGCUGACGCAAUCUACGAAUCCAUAUAUCGGAGUCUCCAACGUCACCAUCGACGGGUUAAGAGGUAACCUCAAAACUUAUGAAUCUACUAUUCUAACCCCGUCUUUGGAUGAACAAAAGAAGAAGGGAAUAGCACUGAAAGCAACCAAGGAGACCGUGGAAGAAGACUCAAGCAAUGAUGACAACGAGUUCGGACUCGUCAUCAAGAAAUUCCACAAAUUUAUCAAGAAGGAAUUUGAGCGCAAAGGAAGAAAGCACGACGGUCCCCCCAAGUGCUAUGGCUGUGGCGAGAUAGGCCACAUCAAGCCGAGGUGUCCAAAAGGCAAAAGCACCAAGGACAAACCUGGCUUCACAAAACAACGUGCCUACAUCUCAUGGGGUGGUGACUCCGGCGACGAGUCAACUGACCAAGAAGAGGAGGAAGCCGCCAACCUCUGUCUCAUGGCACACGAAGUCCACGCUGACGAAAUACAAGAGAACCGGCGCAGGACCCAGUCUGGCUCAGCCCCCGCUCCCGCCAAGGCCUCCUUACAGUCCAUAGCCGAUACCCUGAAUCGGCUAACCAUCACCGUGGAUGGCAUGAGCCAGUACCUGGAGAGGAUGGACUGGACGCUGCAACGCCAACACCACGACAUGAGGGCGUUCUUCCGAGGCAUCAACUACGUCCCGCUACCCUUUUACACCACCUUCCUCGGCCAAAACACGGACUUGUCACAUUUUCGUACUAAAGCCGUGUUUGUUUUUAUGACAGGAAUCGGAGAAGGCCAAUCCACUUCCAGGCCACCGCUUUUUGAUGGCACCAACUACACAUAUUGGAAAGAGCGGAUGAGAAUUUAUAUCCGCUCAACCAACUUUCAGUUGUGGUUGGUCGUCAAAAAUGGCGAAGAAAUUCCAAUGAAGAAGGUCGGUGAAAAACUCGUCCCAAAGACCGAGGACAAAUUUGAUGCCGAGGACAUCAAAAAGGUGGAGAACUACGCCAAGGCGAUCAACAUGCUGUACUGCGCGGUCAACCCAGAUGAUUAUUGCAAGAUCUCUUGCUGCACCACUGCCAAAGAAAUGUGGGACAAGCUGGAGGUCACAUAUGAAGUCUCCAACGUCACCAUCGACGGGUUAAGAGGUAACCUCAAAACUUAUGAAUCUACUAUUCUAACCCCGUCUUUGGAUGAACAAAAGAAGAAGGGAAUAGCACUGAAAGCAACCAAGGAGACCGUGGAAGAAGACUCAAGCAAUGAUGACUACGAGUUCGGACUCGUCAUCAAGAAAUUCCACAAAUUUAUCAAGAAGGAAUUUGAGCGCAAAGGAAGAAAGCACGACGGUCCCCCCAAGUGCUAUGGCUGUGGCGAGAUAGGCCACAUCAAGCCGAGGUGUCCAAAAGGCAAAAGCACCAAGGACAAACCUGGCUUCAAAAAACAACGUGCCUACAUCUCAUGGGGUGGUGACUCCGGCGACGAGUCAACUGACCAAGAAGAGGAUGAAGCCGCGAUGGGUAAGUGCCAAACAUCGAUGGGAAGCCAAUAUUCUGCAGAUCGCAAAUCUUUUCAAUCCCAUUAAUCAAGCUAAUCACCCCUUUAAUGCAUUGGUCCGUUGGAGCCUAUUUUCGCACUAUAAAAAGGUGUUUUGGGU